AUGGAUCUUGAAAGUGAAUCGCCAAUAUUAACCAUUAACGAAGAAUUUGCUAAAAAGUAUGAAGAAAGAAAAAGAGGAGAAGAGCUUUCAAAACUUAAAGAGAAAUAUGGAGAUCUGGACAUGGACGAAGAGGAAGAUUCAUCCUCUGAAGAGGAAGAUGAAUAUGGUGAAUUAGUAACCCCCGAAAUUGACUCGCAAAUUAUGAAGACUAUUUCAGCCAUAAGAAACAAAGAUCCUAAAACAGAAAAAAAGCCAAUAUAUUUAAAAGACUAUCAUCGUCAAAUUUUGUUGGAAUCCGAUGAUAUUAUUGAAGAUAAUAUUAAGCCAGAGAUUGAUUUAACACCCAUGGAAGAAGAGCAAAAGCUCAAAGAAGAAUUUAAAAAAGCUGCUUCUAAAUUUGAUUUUAAUAUUGAUGGUGACGAUGAUUUUUUGGUUCAACGAUCAAAAACUGCUGAAGAAUUAAAAGCUGAAGAGGAAGAUUACCAAGCAUUCUUAUUAGAAAGUAUGGCUGGAAAUAAUAAAGAUUCGGAAUUUAUUAAAGAAUGGCAAAAUUAUAAAAUCGAUUCCAGUGUUGACAAAGAUGAAGCCUUUUUAAUAGAUUACAUACUUAACCGUGGUUGGAUUGAUAAGAAUGCUACUCGGAUUCCGACGUAUGAAGAACUAAUUUUGGAACAUCAUGACGAAGAGAAUGAUGAAUUUGAAGAAGCAGCUGAUAAUUUCGAAAGCAAUGACGAAAAGAAACGUAAAAUGGAGGAACUUAAAAGGCUUAAAAACCUCAAAAAGAAAGAAAUCUUUGAAAAAUUGCAAAAAAUAAAAGAAAUAACGGGAAACGAAACCGUUGGAUUUGAUGAGGUCGACUUGGAAGACGACUUUGAUCCUGAAAAAUAUGACGAAAAAAUGAAUAAUAUCUUUGAUAGUAAUUACUAUGCUCAAGAGGUAGAUACUGAUAAACCAGAAUGGGAAGAGGAUAUUGAAGAUCUUAUUGAUAAAUACAAGAAUUCUAAUCCUGAAAAAAUAAAAGAGGACGAUUCUGAAGACAAUGUUGAUUACGAUAAUGAUUUUAUAAUGGAUGCGGAUUAUUUACCUGGAGGUGAAAAAUACGAUGAGACAAUGCCUAAAAAAACUGAUGACCAAGAUUUGAAUGAAUACGUGUCUUUAAAGAAAAUCGCACCUUACCGUCCUGAGCAUUUGGUAGAAAAUGAUAUUAAAAAAUACUCUAAGAAAAAACGACUACAGAAAUUUCGUAAAAAACUUGAACUUUUAGAAGAGAAUAAUCCACCUAUAAGCAAUUCAUGGAGCAUAAAAUCGGUUAAACGUAAAAAUAUGCAGCGAAAUCAAGGGCAAUCUAAUAAAAAACAAAAUAAAACCGUUAGUACAUAA